AUGCAUGGCCACGACUUAGAGGAGGCUCCGUUCCGGAGAGUCAAAACGCGGCGGAAGAGGAGCCGGUGCCCGCGCGGCGUGCCGCUCCCGGCCAUCGCGUGCGAGGACGAGUUCGACUGCAAGGAGCUCGAGGCGCUCUUCCGCGGCUACGGCCUGAAGCUCGAGCAGACCGCCACGCUCAAGGCGCUCGCCGUGCUCGUGGCGCUGUCCUGCGCGCUCGCGGCGCUCGAGCUGCUCUCCGGAAGCUCGGCGACGGUGGCGCGCGCCUCGCACCCGGUGCACGGCGUGGUCUUCGCCUCACUCUUCGUCGUCACCAACGUUAAGUACCUGCGCGCGGCGCAGCUGCAGCAGAUCGCGCAUCUCGCGCUUCUCUUCAGCUUCACCUUCUCGCUGCCCUGCUGCCCGUUUCCGCGCAUCGCGCCCGGCAGCGCCGAGCCGCCCCCCGCGCCCGAGCACGGCGUCUGGCAGCUCAUGCUCGUCACCUUCGUGGCCUACGCGCUGCUGCCCGUGCGGACGCUGCUGGCCGUGGUGUUCGGGAUCGUGGUGGCCGUUUCGCACACGACGGUGACCGCCACGUCCGUCACGGUCAAAACGCAGAAACUCUGGAGAACGCUGGUGGCCAACACGGUGCUCUUCACCAGCGUAAACCUGUCUGGUCUUUUCGUGCGGAUCCUGACGGAGCGCGCUCAGAGGAAGGCCUUUCUGCAGGCGCGGAACUGCAUCGAGGAGCGACUGCGCAUGGAGGACGAGAAUGAGAAACAGGAGCGGCUGCUGAUGAGCCUGUUGCCCAGGAACGUGGCGAUGGAGAUGAAGGAAGACUUCCUGAAGCCUCCUGAAAGGAUCUUCCACAAAAUUUACAUCCAGCGCCAUGACAACGUCAGCAUUCUGUUUGCGGACAUCGUGGGUUUCACCAGCCUGGCGUCGCAGUGCACGGCGCAGGAGUUGGUGAAGCUGCUGAACGAACUCUUCGGAAAGUUCGACGAGCUGGCCACGGAGAACCACUGCCGGCGCAUUAAGAUCCUGGGAGACUGUUACUACUGCGUGUCAGGACUGACCCAGCCCAAGACCGACCACGCCCACUGCUGUGUGGAGAUGGGGCUGGACAUGAUCGACACCAUCACGUCAGUUGCAGAGGCCACUGAGGUUGACCUGAACAUGCGUGUGGGUUUACACACGGGCCGUGUGCUCUGCGGUGUUCUGGGGCUCAGGAAGUGGCAGUAUGAUGUCUGGUCCAACGAUGUGACCCUGGCCAACGUCAUGGAGGCCGGAGGGCUUCCUGGGAAAGUACACAUCACACGGUCGACGCUGGAGUGCCUGAACGGGGACUAUGAGGUGGAGCCAGGGAAUGGCCAGGAGAGAAAUGCCUUCCUGCAGAAACACAACAUCGAAACUUUCUUUAUAGUGCCAUCCCACCGGAGGAAGAUCUUCCCUGGGCUGAUCCUUUCGGACAUCAAGCCAGCCAAAAAGAUGAAGUUUAAAACCGUGUGUUACCUGCUGGUGCAGCUCAUGCACUGCCGCAAGAUGUUCAAGGCCGAGAUCCCCUUCUCCAACGUCAUGAACUGUGAAGAUGGGGACAAGAGGAGGGUGCUCCGCUCAGCUCCGGAGAAGUUGCGGAACCGGACCUCUGUGGCUGCCAACGUGACCCAGAGCAGCCCGGGCACGCGCGUCAACCGCUACAUCAGCCGUCUGAUAGAGGCUCGGCAGACGGAGUCGGACACAGCCGACCUGCACUUUCUCACACUCAUGUACAAGUGCUCAGAGCGCGAGAAGAGGUAUCAUCACCUACACGAUGAAUACUUCACUGGAGCGGUGGUGCUCUCUCUAAUCCUAGCUGCCUUGUUCGGCCUUGUCUAUCUUCUCAUCAUGCCACAGGGGACUGUAGUAUUGGUGCUGCUGGUUUUCUGCAUCUGUUUCCUUGUAGCAUGUAUCAUGUAUCUUCAUGUUACUAGAGUACAGUGUUUUCCUGGGUGCCUCACCAUACAGAUCCGAACGGUCCUGUGUGUGCUUAUAGUGCUCUUAAUCUACGCUGUGGCCCAAGCUUGUGUGGUGGGAUGCAUGCCAUGGCUGUGGUCCACCAACUCCACCAGCUCCAUCGUGAUCAUUGACGCAGCAGGGGGUGCCAACCGCACCAUGGCGGAGUUGCCCUGCGACGGGGCGCAGUAUGCCUUCCUGGCCUGCAUCGUGGGCACCAUGACUAUGGCCCUCUUCCUCAGAGUGUCCUGGCUGCCCAAGAUGCUGCUGCUGGUCAUGGUGGCGGUCAGCUACAUCACCGUGCUGGAGCUGAGCGGCUACCGCCGAGCCAUAACUGGGGGAAGUGUGGGGACCUUUAAUGUCCGUGGCUACGAGCCAAUCCUCUCCCUGCUGCUCUUCUCCAGCGCUCUGGCAUUGCACUCCCGACAGCUGGAGCUCAAACUGCGCCUGGACUUCCUCUGGGCCACACAGGCAGAGGAGGAGAGGGACGGCAUGGAGAAAGUGAAACUGGACAACAGAAGGAUUCUCUUCAAUCUGCUCCCAGUGCACGUGGCCCAGCACUUCCUAAUGUCCAACCCCAGGAACAUGUAUACUUUGUUGCAGGAUCUCUAUUACCAGUCCUACGCCCAGGUCGGGGUCCUGUUUGCGUCCAUUCCCAACUUCAACGACUUCUACAUCGAGCUGGAUGGAAACAACAUGGGCGUGGAGUGCCUGCGUCUUCUCAACGAGAUCAUCGCUGACUUUGAUGAGCUCAUGGACAAAGAAUGCUACAAAGACAUUGAGAAGAUCAAAACCAUGGGCAGCACAUACAUGGCAGCUGUGGGUCUAGUGCCCACCAUUGGCACCAAGGCUAAAAAGUCCACAGCAGCCCACCUAAGCACAAUAGCAGACUUUGCCAUUGAAAUGUUUGACGUUCUUGAUGAAAUCAACUACCAGUCAUACAAUGACUUUGUCCUGAGAGUGGGUAUUAAUGUGGGGCCAGUGGUGGCCGGAGUCAUCGGGGCUCGGCGGCCUCAGUACGAUAUCUGGGGGAACACGGUGAACGUGGCCAGCCGCAUGGACAGUACAGGGGUCCCGGGCAAGAUCCAGGUGACGGAGGACGUCUACCGCUUGCUCCAGAACGACUACGACUUGGUGUGCCGCGGCAACGUGAGCGUGAAGGGAAAAGGUCAGAUGCUGACCUACUUCCUGGAGGGCAAGUCUCAGGGUGCGGGUCAGCGGGCCCCUCAGUUCUCGGGGAGUAUGGAGCGCAGGGUGUACGCCGUGGGGCGCACCAGCAGCGUCCCCACCAAGACAGGCACCGCCUCGUCCGCCGCCUCAGGACUGGCCGCCAGGGUCGGGGUCGGCAGCACCCAGCUGGGGAACAGCUCCAGCACGGUCACCAAGAAACGAGCCACCACGUACGUCCCUGUGGUGGGAGAGGAGGAUGAGGCGGACACGGAGGAGGAAGGGGAGGUUUAGGAUGGACAGAGGGAUUUGAAAAGGAACAAGUGAGCUUGAGAGCUCAGAGAAAGCAACGGUAAUACAGACAGCAAGCCAAAGUCAGUAUGGCAUGCCAAAAAGGCCAAAGGUGGAAGCGGAAUGAAACGGGUUCAACUCUGCAUCGUGUAAUGAUUUGUAGAUGCAAGGUACCGGGACCUGAUAUGUAAAUGUAAACAUGCAUUCUUUAAUGCAACAUAUACAAAACUUUAUUGCAGCUUGUCCAAAUGGAGGUGAGGGGCGCUCCAAAGUCAGUAUGGAAGGCCAACAGGACCAAAUGGGCUCUAAAGAGAGAGGAAACCGGCUCAACUCCACAGUGUAAUCAUCGAUUUAUGGGUGCAACAAACGACGUCGCGAUAUAUAAAAGUAAAACCUGCAUUCUCAAAUGCAAUACAAACAAAACUUAACCGUAGCUUGUCCAAAUGGAUGUGAAGGGGCACUCCACAGUCAGUAUGGAAGGCCAAAUGGGUCAAAAAAUGAGGAAAAAGAGGAUGAAAAUGGUUGUCAACUCCGCAACAUAAUAAUGGAUUUACUAAUGCAAGUUUCCAUAACAUAAAAUAACAAUAAAAAAGUAAAACUGGCAUCCUCUAAUGAAAAAUAAGCAAAACUUCAUUGCAGCUUGUCCAAAUAGAUGCGUAUGGGGCACCAAAUGAGCAAAAAGAAGGAAAAAUAGAAAGAAAGCAGGUCCAACUCUGAGAUGUAAUAUUCGUAGGGUGCAAGAUUACAUGAUAAAAUAUAAGUCAGACCUGAGUUGAACCUGCAUUCUGUAAUGCAAAAUAAGCAACACAUCAUUGCAGCUUACCUGAAUAGAUGUGAAGGACACUCCAAGGUCAGAAUGGAAGAAAAAAUGAAUGGAAAAAGGAAAUGGGUUCAACUCUGCAACAUAAUCGAUUUAUGAAAGAAAAACUGACAUUUUUGAAACAAAAAUAAGCAAAACAUUGCAGCUUGUCCAAACACAUGCGAAGGGCACUCUAAGGUCAGUAUGGAUCAGCAGGUAGGCCAAAAAAUGUGGAGAAAGAAGGAAAAAGAUGAAGGAAACAGGUUCAACUUCAAUUUAUGGAUGCAAGUUUCCACAACACAGUUUAUAAAAGUAAAACUCACAUUUUCUAAUCAAAAAUAAGCAUAAUAAUAAAAAAAACAUUGCAGCUUGUCCAAAUGGACAGAGCACUUCAAGGACAGAAAGAAGCACCAAGCAGGCCAAAAAUGUGGGAAAAGAGGAAAGAAACAG